UCCUCUGUUAUUUGAAAUCCGGAAGUGUUUUGAAAUAUAGUAGCAGGUUGACACCGCGGUUCGUUCGCUCCUGUUAGCGUGUCGUGCGGAUUAUGAGAGCCCGGGACGGAGCUGCUGAGGGCCGCGUGAGCUGAGUCACCGUGAAUCAUCUAUAUGGGCCAUUUUCUCUCCAAAAAUGGUUACGGCCUGAAGAAGAAAACACGGAAGCUGCGCAAGAAGAAGAGGCGGAGGAACUGCUUCCUUCAGGGGCCGUGCAUGCUGUGCUUUAUCGUCCACGGCUCCAGCGGGACGCUCGAGGACGAUUGGCCCUUCGAGAGUGGCUGUGCGGCGGCCGUGUCCAAACUCGCAGAGCGAUACGUUACCUUAAACUCCCCAGAGGAGUGCGCCAAGUUCCUCCUCUCUCCGGUGUGGGAAGGCCAGGGUCGAAAUCUGCUGUCUGCCGUGCCGACUAAGCUGAUCGGGCCCCCUGCGCUUUUCUGCGAAUAUUCGGAAAUGGUGUGCAAGCGAAAGUGUGCUGAUCUGCAGCGGUGUUCGCCCCGCAAGCAGCCGCGCUGUGCCUUCCCGGGUCCCAUGGAGAACGGAGAAGAGCGAGGGGACGCCGCCGCUCCAGACAGCCACUGCCUGCUGCCCUCAAUCUGCCCGCUGCCUUCAUCAUCAUCAUCAUCGUCUUCCUCGGCUUCAGAAGAGGAUGGAGCGACUGCAGGACGGCAUUCAGAUCCUGGCGGUGCCACGACCUGCUCAUCGUCCUCCUGCUGCUGCCAAACAGAGGCUUCAGAGGAGAUAAAGAGCACUGAAAAUACAGACACGUCCCACAUCAACCAGCUGCCCUCCUCCAUACUGCUCAAGGUGUUUUCUCACCUGUCGGUGAAGGAGAGAUGUCUGGCUGCCUCUCUGGUCUGUAAAUACUGGCGGGAUCUCUGCUUGGACUUCCAGUUCUGGAAACAGAUCGACCUCAGUGGCCUCCAGCAGGUUAAAGACGAUCUCCUGGUGAAGAUUGCAUCACGGAGGCAGAACGUCACGGAGAUCAACAUUUCGGACUGCCGUAACGUUCAGGAUCACGGCGUUUGUGCUCUGGCGUCCAACUGUGCCGGUCUGAUCAAAUACACUGCGUACCGCUGUAAGCAGCUGAGCGACGUGUCUCUGAGUACGGUGGCCAUCCACUGCCCGCUCCUGCAGAAAGUCCACGUCGGAAACCAGGACAAGCUCACCGACCACGCGCUCAAACUGCUGGGCGAUCACUGCAAAGAGCUGAAGGAUGUUCAUUUCGGCCAGUGUUACAGCAUCAGUGAUGAAGGCCUGAUGUCGCUGGCGCAGGGAUGCAACAAACUACAGAGAAUCUACAUGCAGGAGAACAAGCUGGUAAGUCAAGCUGGAAUUUACUGAUUUUAAAGCUGGUUG